AGGCACGUCCGAACCUGGGAUUUCCGACAAAGAAAUCUCCGUACUGGACGAAAGCUUAAGUAAAGCAGAACGCCUGCUGCUGAAGAGAGAAACGGCUGAGAGUGAACUCAUUGAGAAGGAUGCAGCAAUCAAGAAACUAAAUGUCUUUUUGGAACAAGCAGAGAAAUCACGGAGAGAUCAAGACAACGAAACAGUAAAUAUGAAAAGAGAACUGGAGCAACUAAAAAAAAGGCUCAAGUAUUCGGAAGACACUUGCAAUGAGAAAGAAAGAGAACUAGCAUCUUUGAAGCAAGCUUUGCAAGCGACACAAGAAAGCCUAAAACAACGAGAUAAAGAUGCGCUGAGAACUCGGAGAAAUCUUGCUGCGCCAGCGAAUGAUGUCCUCCGCAUACAAUUCAUUAACAAAGUCGCUCAAGUCAAAGAUUUGGAGAAAGUUCGUGGAAAUUUAGAGGACCAGUUGAAAGAAAGAUCGAACGAACUGACCAAGUUUCAAGAAAGAGAGAAUCAAAUGUUUGAAAAACAGAGAGAGAUGGAGAGUCUUAUUAAAAUAUCAGAAAAGGAGAAUGAGUUAAAGGAAAGAGAAAAAGAUCAAUUAAAUCAAUUGCUGGAUAAGGCCGAGCAAAAAAUCGCCUUUCUGGAAGCAGCCCAAGACAAUAAUAUGGACACCGAUGAUCGAUUAGAUGCAAUCAGGGCAGAACUGCAAGCUCUCCGCGAAUCCACAAAGCAACAGCUAUUGGCCAAAGAAAACGAAUUGAACGCUAUGCUACUUCAUCUGCAAGAAAAAGAUAACGUCCUAUCGAUGAGAACUGCAGAACUAGAGAGAAUGAAAGACAAUUACCAAAAUGCAGAGGGGCAAUUGAGAGACAAGGUUAAAGAUCUUGAAGAAUGCCAACGAAGUACCGUUCAAGAGGAUUAUUCAACCAGUGUGAAACGAAAUGCUGCAGGAAUUGAAACACUUCGCUUGCAACUAGUCACAAAGAUCCGAGAAGCUAAAGACAAUAAGAAAAACGUUGAAAAUUUAGAAGCACAACUCAGAAAAAAAGGACACGAAUUGGAAAGUACUAAGCGAAGUGUUGCAGCGAUGGACAAAAUGUUAAAAGAUAAAGACAGCGAAAUACUACUUUUCCAACGCAACGCAACAAUGGCAGAAGUCCAACUUAAUGAAAGGGAAGCAGAGUUGGAUAGAAUGAAGCGUACUCAAAGAGCAGUGAGCACAAAAGUUCAAAAACGAGACAUCGGCACCGAGGCAGAUGGACUCCGGGUUGAACUGGUUGACAGAUUAAAGGAAAUACGAGAUUUGAAGAAUAAAGUUUCCAGGUUAGAGAACGAAGCUGCUGGCAAAUCUGGAACAAGGGACUCAAGUAAUAUAUUACAGAUUUAUGUCCAGUUUUAA